CUUGGGCAAAAAGGAAAAAUGAACAUUUUUGGAUGUAAUGGUUUAAUAAAGCAAUUUCUUUCACGCUUGUCAUUGUAAUUCCUUUUAUUUUGGGAAAGCUAGGGUUUGAACUCCCUACCUUUCAAUUCUUGCAGUUUUGAGGAGUCGGCCUUCAAAUUCUGGUUCUGCGUCUCUACUUAUUUAAAUCCAUUUCACAAUCAGAACUUCCCCUUUGAAGAUUGCAUACCCAAAAUCAACCGACCCCUAAUUUUCCAUUAGAAAAUCUCUCUCAAAAAUUCAAUAUUAUUAUUAUUAUUAUUAUUAUUAUUAUUUUCUGUAAAAUCCAGAGCUACACCGUUACCUACACAUAUAUAUACACACCAUACACAUCACAGACGAAGGAAAUAGAAGGAAAAAGUUGACUCAUGGGUACUUCGACAACUGAGGCCUUUCCCCAAAUUCAGGAAGUAUUGCUGGAGUUUCGUGCAGGGAAAAUGCUUAUGGAGGGAAACCGUGUUGUCCCUGAUUCUCGUAAAGGAUUUGUGCGAAUAGGAAGGGGAGAAGAAGGGCUAAUCCACUUUCAGUGGCUGGAUCGAUCGGUGAAUGUUGUUGAAGAUGAUCAAAUUGUCUUCCCAGAUGAAGCCUUUUUUGAAAAGGUUAAUCAAUCUUCUGGAAGGGUUUACAUCCUGAAGUUUCAUACAGAUGACAGGAAGUUCUUCUUUUGGAUGCAGGAUCCCAAAUCUGAAAGUGAUACGCAGAUAUGUACCUCUGUCAAUUUGUGCCUGAAUCAGCCUUUAGAGUUACCUGAUGAAGAGGAGCCUGAUGCUUCAGUUCCUGUACCUAGUUUAGAAGAUAUGGUUGAAGAAGAUAUUUCAUCAAGGGCUGGAAAUUUGGUGGGUUCAAGCAUGGGUGCUGAAGGAACUAGUGAAGUAACCUCUUCUGGACCUGUAAAGUUGGCGGAUCUGCAGAGAAUAUUAAGUAACAUUGGGUCUUCAGAUGAAGCAGUAGAUCCAGAGGCAGGCUUGGGAUUAGGUGAUAUUUUGAAGCCAGAGUUUAUAUUACCACUUAUUGAUGAACUACCAUUGGAACAACAAUUGGUGUCAUACUUACCCGAGGGUCAAUGGACUUCUGAGGAGUUUAUAGAAUUGUUACAAAGCCCUCCAUUUCGCCAACAAUUAGAUUCAUUUACAUAUGUGCUGCGAACUGGACAGGUAGAUCUCACUCAGUUCGGAAUCGAUCCAACCAAAUACAAGUUCACCGUGCCUUCAUUUCUUGAGGCACUUGAAGAUUCUGUUUCCAAAGCAUCCGAGUCUGACGAGUCGGGUCAAUUGGGCAGUGAUCUAAGAUCUCGGACAUGCAACCGUGGUGAUCCAAUGGAUGAAGGCCAGUAGUACAGAAACUAGUUCAACAUGUUUCUACUCAUUUAUUAUACUGGUUCGUGCUCAUUUUUACGGAACUAUGGAAAUUGGCUACAAAAAGUUUUCUUUCUGUAUAUCUGAUUUUAUCCGUGUGCUCAUACCUGUGGAUAAAGGUACUUUGUUGUAAAAUCGAUUGGUGGACGGUAAUACUUUGUGGUAUAAUUGUUUUCUUUAUUCAAUCACCAAGAUUUCAGAUUCA